CACAGUUCUUACUUUGGCCUUUUUAUGACUCUGAAAUCCCCUUCCCUUGAACUACAUAUACAUAAGAAAUUACGGCUUAUAACAUUAAAGAAGUUGUUUUUCUAGACGAAAAAAAUAAAUAUGAAAAUACAAGUUUCGAAUCUUCCCAGGAAUCUUCUGGGUUUUUUAACUUAUUGCAUGUUUCUUUGGAGAUCCUUUUUAACGACUUGGAAUUUUCUUCAUCUAAUAACGAAAUGCGUUGGAAUACCGCUUUGCCCUUUUCUUUCUUGUACAGUUUUCAGGAACAACAAAUUAAAAAAAAAAAAAUUCCCAUUUGUUGAAGUUUUCCAAAAGCUGCUUUCUUGUACUUGAUUCUUCUUUAAGCCCCCCCAAAGUAGAGAGAGCUUCCUGCAGACAAAAGCUUGAAACAUUCUGCUACCAAAAACCAAAUUACGAUGCCAAGAUGUCCAGCCGGGCAAUUUGUUUGGAAUCCAAAGAAAGUUUUGAUCAUCUUCCUCCUCUGUUUAACUGCCUCUGCUCUGUUUUUUGUUCUGAAACACCAAUCUUCAGAGGCGGCCACUUGGAGCGAUUUCGAUUUCAAACCUUCUUACAAAGAUGAGGAAGAUGAUGAUCAUCCUUCAUGGGUUAAGAAUGAUACAGAAGUUGAUAAGCUUCUUGGUGGAAUUUUAAAGGGAGGAUUAGAUGAGAAAUCUUGUCGAAGUCGUUAUCAAUCAGCAUGGUAUCAUAAAGGACUAAAACAUCAGCCUUCUUCACAUCUCAUUUCCGCAUUGAGAAGCUAUGAAGCCCUUCAUAAACGAUGCGGACCAUACACGGAAUCCUACAACAAAACCGUCAGAUAUCUCGAUUCAAUGGAAUUCAACAGUUCUACAAAUACAGAAUGCAAGUAUGUGGUCUGGACUCCUCGAGAUGGAUUGGGGAACAGAAUCAUUACUCUGGCUUCCACUUUCCUAUAUGCCCUGUUAACAAAAAGGGUCCUUCUUGUUGACAGAAGAGUUCAUGUUUCUGACCUAUUCUGCGAACCGUUCCCCGAAAACUCCUGGUUAGUCCCCUCCGAUUUUCCCAUCAUCGAUGAGUUUGAUAAGCUUAACAAGCAAUACAGCAUGAGUUAUGGGAAUAUGCUGAAGAACAACCUCGUACCCGGUCCGAAAAACGCUUCUUCUUUGAUCAAACCAUUUGUUUAUCUCCAUGUAGUCCAUGACUAUGAUGAUGAUGAUAAGCGAUUCUUCUGCGACGAUGAUCACACCUUUCUCCAGGAAGUACCUUGGCACAUCCUGAAAUCGAAUAUCUACUUUGUUCCAUCUUUUUUCAUGAUGCCAAUUUUCCAGCAACAUUUAGACCUUCUUUUCCCUGAAAAAGAUACCGUUUUCUAUUUCCUUGGCCGGUAUCUCUUCCAUCCCACAAACAUGAUUUGGAAGGCAAUCACGAGAUAUUACAAUGCCUAUUUAGCCAGAGCAGAUGAAAGAAUAGGCAUCCAAGUAAGAGUGUUCGAAACAGAACCCGAUCCUUUUGCCCCUUACAUGGAGCAGAUUUUAGACUGUGUGUUCACAGAGAAUGUAUUGCCACAAGUCAAUUUGGCACUAGAAUCUCUUUCCGGACAUUCAUCAAACAGAACAAAGGCGGUACUUGUUACAUCCCUGAGUUCGAAAUACUACAAGACGCUGAAAAACAUGUACGAUGAACAUCCAACUGAAACAGGGGAAAUGGUUCAGGUUUUCCAGCCUAGUCAUGAAGUGGAACAACAUACUGAAAAGGAGGUUCACAAUAUGAAAGCAUGGGCAGAAAUGUAUCUUUUGAGCUUGACGGAUAAGCUGGUGACGAGCUCGAAAUCGACAUUCGGGUACGUUGCACAAGGACUUGGAGGCAUGAAGCCGUGGAUCCUUUACAGGCCUGAAGAGUACAAAUCCCCGAAUCCGGCUUGCCAGCGUGCAAAAUCAAUGGAACCCUGUUUCCAGGCCACGCCGGACCAUGAUUGUAAGACGAGAAACUGGCUCGACACCGGCAAAGUUCUUCCCUAUGUCCGGCAUUGUGAGGAUAUGCAAUGGACCUGGGGACUUAAACUUUUUGGUAAAGAUGGUGAAUCAUGACCAUAUUGUAGGAUUUUUUGUUCCUUUUAGAUUAGUAGAGUUAGAUUUCAGUUUAUCCCACGUAUUAUUGAUUUUGGUCUAUUGAAAUUGCACUGAUGUAUUAGGAAUUUAGUGUCAUUUUGUUUAGUGGUACUAGGCAAGUGAUGCUAAAAAGUAAGUACGAGAAAAGCAAAGACCUAAAGCAUUUGGAACCUACGUUGAGUGGGCUAUAAAGAUGAUUCGAUUUUUAGCAAGAAAUUUAGAAGAAGGAAGAGUGGAAUAUAUAAACACAUCCUAAUUUAAAUACGUACUGCAUUCAUUUGGAGGGUAAAUAAGUGAGCCAUCUUUUGUUGACUGUAGGAGAAUCUUUUGUGAAUUGUACAUUUUGAUAACAAUUUUACCAUUUCAUAUCGCACAUGCCAUUG